UAUCAAUUAUCAGGCCGGCACUCCGCCCCCAAAUGCUCGCCUCCAUCUACCGAUCUCUCGCUCGCCGCCGCUCGCACCUUCCGCUUGCCACCGCCGCCGCCACAGCAGCCAUGUCGUCGUCUGACACCGCCAGGAGCGUCUCCGACCGUCCGAUCUCUCCGGAUACCACACGCAUCGGCUGGGUGGGGACGGGCGUCAUGGGCCAGUCCAUGGCCGGCCACCUCCUCGCCGCCGGCUACGCGCUCACCGUAUACAACCGCACGCCCUCCAAGGCCCAGGGCCUCGUCUCUAGCGGCGCCCGCCUCGUGGACAGCCCGCGCGCCGCCGCGGCCUCCGCUGACGUCAUCUUCCUCAUGGUCGGCUUCCCCUCCGAUGUCCGCUCCACGUCCCUCGACCCCUCCACGGGCGCUCUCGCCGGCCUCGCGCCAGGCGGCGUCCUCGUCGACAUGACCACCUCCGACCCCACCCUCGCCGCCGAGAUAGCCGCGGCCGCGGCGGGGGGCGGCUGCGCCGCAGUCGACGCCCCGGUGUCAGGCGGCGACCGGGGCGCCCGCAACGCCUGCCUCUCGAUCUUCGCCGGCGGCGACGCGGCCGUGGUGGCCCGCCUGGCGCCCCUCUUCAAGCUGAUGGGCAACGCCCUCUACAUGGGCGGGCCGGGCGCGGGGCAGCGCGCGAAGCUGGGCAACCAGAUCGCCAUCGCGUCCACCAUGGUGGGGCUGGUGGAGGGCAUGGUGUACGCGCACAAGGCCGGGCUGGACGUGGGCAAGUGGCUGGAGGCCAUCUCGACGGGCGCGGCGGGGUCCAAGUCGCUGGAGCUGUACGGGAAGCGGAUGCUGGAGCGCGACAUGGCGGCCGGGUUCUACGUCCGGCACUUCGUCAAGGACCUCGGGAUCUGCCUGUCCGAGUGCCAGACCAUGGGGCUGGCGCUGCCGGGGCUCGCGCUCGCGCACCAGCUCUACGUGUCGCUGCUCGCCCACGGCGAGGGCGGGCUCGGCACGCAGGCGCUGAUACUGGCAGUCGAGCGGCUCAACAACACCUGCCUUGACAAGAAAGGGGAGUGAAACUGUGAAAGCCUACGAGAGUUUGGUUGAUGCAAUGCAACAUGGUAGAAUUGUCUCCUGCUGUUGUUCCCUGGUGUAUAUGGGACUUCUGCAUGCUCUGUGUGUUCACGCUUUACAGUGCUCAAAGGUUCAAAUAAGAUUGCAAAAGUGAAGUUUUUCACUUGCAUUGAUAGUAUUCAACUACUGUAUUUGGCAAAUCAGCCUGUGGUGAUUGUCGAUCAGCCUGGCAGUGAAACAAGAAUAUUCAAUGAGCUCACCCUUUGUUAACGGGUUAUAUCUGCA